AUAGGGGGAGUGAAAGAGAGAUAAAAUGAAGAAAGGCUGGUCUGGUCAAGAAGUUCCAGAUUGAAUUGCUGAAGUGGCAUACCGUUAAAUGAGUGAAACAGUUGGAAUGAAUUAAAAAUGAAAAAAAAAAAUGAAAGAGAAGAAGAAAGUGCCGCCCGACAAAUCUCAACCCGCCCCUCUCCUCCCAUUGCUGCACCUUCGUCAAUUCUCUAUCGGUUUUGAUCAGCUUAAAGAAGGUCUGAUCGUUUUGGAUCAGAGGCCAUUGAAGGUUUUUUCAACCUUUUAAAGCCCAUCUCUGCAGAAUCCCUCUCCUUUAUUUCAUCGCCAUUCAAUAUUUGGAGCUAAGUGAUUCUAGAUUCGUCGAAAUCGGUCAAACUAUGUUAAGUCUCUAGAAGCAUUCGUGUUAGAAUGAUUAGGAAUCAACAAUGUACCUCGAUAGACAGGUUUGGAAUCAUAUAUAGUUCAGUUCAUUGAUGAAAAAAUAUUGAUUUUGAAGUUUAUAAAUGUGUAUGGCAGUUUCUACGGCCUGUCGCAUUGUUGGAGGUGUUUUUAACUGUUUCCCAGCUGAAUGUUCAGGAUUUUGGCCUAACCCAAAGCCGUGGGUUUGAAGUUUUCCUAUUUUGGAGGACUUCACAAGCUUUACACCUAUGAUUUUAGGCUGUUUUUUGUUGUUGUGAAAGAUGAUGAAGAUAAUAUUGGAUAUAGUUGGUUUGACAAUCAAGUCCACUAACUAGUAAUGAUUUGAAGCAUUUAAUUUAAUGGGUAAAGCUGGACGUUAGUUGGUUCAAAUGGGUUUUGGUUGUAUAAAUGGGUUGCGCUUGAUAUUGAUACUUGAAUGGCUGAUUCUCAAAGGGCUAGUCUCGCGGAAAGGGACAUUGAACAGGCCCUUACAGCACUGAAAAGAGGAGCACAUUUACUCAAAUACGGACGCAGGGGCAAGCCAAAAUUCUGUCCAUUUAGACUUUCUUCUGAUGAAUCCAUGUUAUUGUGGUACUAUGGUAAAGAGGAAAAACAACUUGAACUAAGUCACGUUUCAAGGAUAAUACCUGGACAGAGAACUGCAAUAUUCCAAAGAUAUCCUCGACCUGAGAAAGAAUAUCAAUCAUUUUCUCUCAUAACAAAUGAUAGAUCAUUAGAUUUGAUAUGUAAAGACAAGGAUGAAGCUGAAGUUUGGUUUGUGGGGCUAAAGUCAUUAAUUUCACGUCAAAACCAGCGAAAGUUGAGAAUCGAGACAAAGAAUGACAUUAUUUUAUCACCAGAGAUUACUCCACGUCCCCAAGGAAUUUCACUUUUUUCGUUCGUUUCUUCUGAUGGAGAUAGUCGAAGACUUGAAAGUAUUCCUGAGAGUAGCUUGGGAAAGGCAUUCUCAGAUAUAAUAUCUUAUACUGCGGUGGGAAAGAGCCUUGGGGCAGUUGAGCCUGUUACCCCUUCACUGAGCCCACUGACAUCUAUAGUUUUAGGUAACUCUGGUGGGCGAAGUUCAGCAACAGAUACAUUUCGUAUUAGUUUAUCUAGUGCUCUUAGUUCAUCAAGUCAGGGUUCUGGUCAGGAUGAUUUUGAUUCGUUGGGUGAUGUUUACAUUUGGGGUGAAGGAAUCGGCGAAGGGUUGUUGGGUAGUCCAUGUAGUAGUAACAAAACACAUUGUUUUUUACCCAAGUCAUUGAAAUCAACCGGAGUUCUUGACAUUCAUGACAUAGCUUGUGGGAGUAGGCAUGCUGUAGUGGUCACGAAACAAGGAGAUCUUUAUAGCUGGGGAGAGGGGUCUGGUGGUAGGCUCGGACAUGGAGUGGAAGAAGAUGUUUCCCAACCCAAACUCAUUGAUACUCUUGGAACAAAAUUCGAUAAGGUGGCAUGCGGACUUCAUCACACUUGUGCCAUCACACUGUACGGUGAUCUCUAUACUUGGGGAAAUGGAAGCCAUAACACCGGUCUUCUUGGACAUGGGAAUGAUGUCAGUUAUUGGGGCCCUAAGAGAGUUUGUGGUCUCAUCGAGGGUGUGCAUAUUUCGCACAUCUCUUGUGGACCUUGGCAUACGGCCCUUGUCACAUCCACAGGUCAGUUGUUUACGUUUGGAGAGGGUACUUUCGGCGCUUUAGGCCAUGCAAACCGCAGUAGCAUUGCCAUUCCUAGAGAAGUGGACUCUUUGAAAGGGCAGAGAACCAUUAGAGUUUCCUGUGGGGUUUGGCACACAGCUGCAAUUGUUGAUUUAUUGAAUGAAGGACCUUCUUCUUCUUUCAAAAACGAGUCUAGUAGUAGUAGUAACCAUUUCACGUGUGGAAAGUUAUUCACAUGGGGAGAUGGGGAUAAGGGCCAGCUUGGGCAUGGGGAUACAGAACCUAAACUAGUCCCUCAAUGGGUGGCUGCACUGGAUGAAACUAGUGUUUUCAGGGUUGCCUGUGGGCAAAACCUUACGGUUGCUCUUACUAGUAUGGGACGAGUUUACACAAUGGGAAGUUCUAAUCAUGGACAAUUAGGAAGCCCUUUAGCUGAUGGAAAGACCCCGACAUGCAUUGAAAGCAAAAUAGCCGACAGUUUUGUUGAAGAUAUUGCCUGUGGCUCUUAUCAUGUGGCUGCUUUAACCUCAAAUGGGGAGGUUUACACUUGGGGAAAAGGUUUACAUGGACAGCUAGGCCAUGGGGACAGUGAUGGUAGAGAUAUUCCAACGCGGGUUAAUUUUCUGAAAGAUAAACUGAUCAAGAGCAUAGCAUGUGGAGCCAAUUUCACAGCCGUAGUUUGUCUUCAGAAAUGGGUAUCCAAUGCUGACAACUCUAUAUGCUCUGGUUGUCACAAUCCAUUUAAUUUUAGGAGAAAACGUCAUAACUGUUAUAAUUGUGGCCUUGUUUUCUGCAAUGUAUGCAGUAGUCAGAAAUCACUGAAAGCUUCCCUUGCUCCAAAUGAUACCAAACCAUUUCGGGUGUGUGAUGAUUGUUUCAUCAAGUUAAAGAAGAUCACUGAAGUUGGAUCUGUUGCUAAGAUGUCUAGUGUCAGAAGUGGAAUUGGGAAGGAGAUCAGGGGACCUCGUUUACAGGCUCAGUCUUCUAGACUUUCUUCUACUGAAUCAUUCAAUCUAUCUGAAGGCAGGAACUCCAGAAGUGACGAUCGAUUAUUCUCACUUGCAAAUGGUAGUAAUGCAUUAUUGAGAGCCAGUACAGGUUCUACAAAAUAUUCAAAUUCUCUAGAUGGAGUUGGAGCUUCAAAGAAAUACUUUUCAGUUUCUGUUCCUGGUUCUAGAAUGAUUUCUAGGGCAUCAUCUCCUGCUUCAAGAAAGUCAAGUCCUCUUAGAUCUUCAACAGGAUCACCAUCUAUUCCACUUCAUAAGUCUGAAGUGGCUUGUGAUGAUUCAAGAUACGUGAAUGAGAGACUGAGCCAAGAGGUUAUGAAUCUAAAGGCACAGGUUGAUGAUCUUACUAACAAGAACAAGUUGCUAGAAGCAGAACUUGAUAGAAAAUCAAGACAACUGACAGAAGCAGCAGAAUUGGCAGGAGCUGAAGUUGAGAAAUCAGAAGCUGCUAAGAAAGUAAUAAAGUCUCUUACGGCUCAGUUGAAGGAGACGUCUGAAAGGCACAAUAUCAGGAAAAAGAUGGAUUCAGUUUCUGGGCGCUCAUUGAGACCAUCAUCUCAUGAGCAUGAGCAUGAGCAUGAGCAUGAGCAUGAGCAUGAGCAUGAGCAUGAGCAUGAGCAUGAGCAUGAGCAUGAGCAUGAGCAUGAGCAUGAGCAUGAGCAUGAGCAUGAGCAUGAGCAUGAGCAUGAGCAUGAGCAGGAGCAUGAGCAUGAGCAUGAGCAUGAGCAGGAGCAUGAGCAUGAGCAGGAGCAUGUGCAAGAGCAUGAAGAGGAGGCGGAGGAGGAAGAAAAGAAUGAUGUGAGUCAUGAGGAAACUUCUCCAAAGAGUGCAUCUAAGGCAUCAUCAUCCUUGAUUAAUGGGUCCAAAACCCAUGCAAAAGAAUGGGUAGUACAAGAUCAACCGGGCGUGUACAUUACUUUUUCCCCUUUACCUGGAGGAGGUGGCAAUGAGCUCAGACGAGUUCGCUUCAGCCGGAGGCGUUUCACAGAAGAGCAAGCAGAGAAAUGGUGGGCUGAUAAUGGGGAUAGAGUGUGCAAUAAGCAUAACGUGGUAUCAACAUAGUCUUUACACUCCUUUGCAGCAAGAAUUCCACAUCCAGCUUGAAAAGGCAAGCUUCCGGCGUUCAACUCUUCCUCCUGACUGCACUUGCUACUGCACUGGAAUUUGUAAAUUCUUUCCUUCUGGUUCCUUCCAGUCUGACAUCAUGGAAUGGUUUGGGGAUUUAAACGUGUUGUUCUUUGGAUUGUAGGUUGAGCUUUGGUAAAAUAUUCAAGAAACUGCUAAAUUUAGGCACCCAAUUGAAAAUGGAAGUUCUAACCUUGGUCAAUAGGUUUUGCAAAGCAUUUUUUUUCACUUUUUUGGUUUACAUUACUCAUGUAAUAGACUCCUCAGAAUAAACCUUUUGGAGAAUUUUGAUCGUGCCUUCAUUUUUGCAACAACACUUGUUUAUCUUAACUCAAGUGUUCCUCA